AUGGUUCCUCCAGUCUGGACUCUGCUGCUGCUGGUGGGGGCUGCCCCUUUCAGGAGAGAGAAGCCUCCAGACCGGAAGCUGGUCGUUCGCAGCUCUAGGAACAACUAUGUCCUCACCCAGUGUGAUUUUGAGGAUGAUGCCAAACCCCUCUGUGACUGGUCCCAAGUGUCCGCAGAUGAUGGAGACUGGGUUCAAGCCAGUGGGCCCUCUCCCACCGGCUCCAUCGGGCCCCCUGGGGGGUACCCCAACGGAGAGGGCAGCUAUCUGCAUAUGGAAUCGAACAGCUUCCACCGUGGGGGAGUGGCCCGUCUGCGCAGCCCGGACCUAUGGGAGCAAGACCCCCUCUGUGUGCACUUUGCCUACCACAUGUUCAGGCUGUCUUGGGGCGCCCAGCUCAGGCUGCUGCUGCUCUCGGGUGAAGAGGGCCGCCACCCCGAUGUGCUCUGGAAACACCGGAACACCCAGAGACCCUCCUGGAUGCCCACCACCGUCACUGUGCCCGCAGGGUUUACCCUGCCCACCCGGCUGACGUUUGAGGGAACACGGGGUAGCACUGCCUACCUGGACAUUGCUCUGGACGCCCUCUCUAUCCGCCGGGGCUCCUGCAAUCGGGUCUGUAUGAUGCAAACAUGCAGCUUUGACAUUCCAAAUGACCUCUGUGACUGGACCUGGAUCCCAACUGCCUCCGGGACCAAGUGGACUCAGAAGAAAGGGUCGUCAGGAAGGCCAGGCGUGGGGCCUGAUGGCGACUUCUCUAGCCCUGGUAGUGGCCGCUUCAUGCUCCUGGACCCCAAGAAUGCAAGACCUGGGCAGAAAGCCGUCCUCCUGAGUCCCGUGAGCCCGUCCUCCGGCUGUCUGAGCUUUUCCUUCCACUACAUCCUCCGGGGCCAGUCUCCUGGUGCAGCCCUCCACAUUUACGCUUCAGUCUUGGGGAGUAUCCGGAAACACACUCUCUUCUCAGGACAACCUGGGCCCAACUGGCAGGCUGUUUCUGUCAAUUACAUAGCUGUGGGACGGAUACAGUUCGCCGUGGUGGGCGUUUUUGGAAAGACCCCUGAGCCAGCUGUGGCAGUUGAUGCAACCAGCAUUGCUCCUUGUGGGGAGAGUUUUCCUCAAUGUGACUUUGAAGACAACGCCCAUCCCUUCUGUGACUGGGUCCAGACUUCCGGGGAUGGUGGACACUGGGCCCUUGGACCUAAAAAUGGACCCGUCCAUGGCAUGGGCCCUGCGGGAGGUUUCCCUAAUGCAGAGGGUCACUAUAUCUACCUCGAGGCUGACAAGUUCUCCCAGGCAGGGCAGUCAGUCAGACUGGUGAGCCGGCCCUUCUGCGCCCUGGGUGACAUCUGCGUGGAGUUCGCAUACCACAUGUAUGGCCUUGGGGAGGGUAUUAUGCUCGAACUCCUCCUGGGAAGUCCUGCGGGGAGCCCCCCGAUUCCUCUCUGGAAACGCGUGGGAUCUCAGCGCCCUUACUGGCAGAACACCUCUGUCACCAUCCCCUCAGGACACCAACAGCCCAUGCAGCUGAUUUUCAAGACCAUCCAGGGCAGCAACACGGCCUUUGUGGUUGCUAUGGGUUUCAUCUUGAUCAAUCCUGGGACUUGUCCAGUAAAAGUACUACCAGAGCUUCCUCCCGUAUCUCCAGUUUCUUCCACUGGCCCUUCUGAAACCACGGGCCUCACAGAAAACCCUACAAUCUCCACAAAGAAACCGACAGUUUCCAUAGAAAAACCCAGUGUCGCCACAGAAAAGCCCACAGUCCCCAAAGAAAAGCCCACCAUUCUCACAGAAAAACCCACCAUCCCCACAGAAAAACCCACCAUUCCCUCAGAAAAACUCACCAUUCCCACAGAAAAACCCACCAUUCCCUCAGAAAAACCCACCAUUCCCACAGAAAAACCCACCAUUCCCUCAGAAAAACCCACCAUUCCCUCAGAAAAACCCACCAUCCCCACAGAAAAACCCACCAUUCCCUCAGGAAAACCCACCAUCCCCAAAGAAGAGCCCACCACCCCCACUGAGGAGACCACCAUCUCCACGGAAGAGCCUGCCAUCCCCACAGAAAAACCCGGCAUCCCCACAGAAAAACCCAGCAUCUCCACAGAAAAACCCAGCAUCUCCACAGAAAAACCCACCAUCUCCCCAGAAAAACCCACCAUCUCCCCAGAAAAACCCACCAUCCCCACAGAAAAACCCACCAUCUCCACAGAAAAACCCACCGUCUCCACAGAAGAGCUUGCCAUCCCCACAGAAAAACCCACUCUCCCCACUGAAGAAACCACCACCUCCAUUGAAAAGACUACCAUCUCCACAGAAAAACCCACCAUCUCCACAGAAAAACCCACCAUCCCCACAGAAAAACCCACCAUCCCCACAGAAAAACCCACCAUCUCCACAGAAAAACCCACCAUCUCCACAGAAAAACCCAUCAUCCCCACAGAAAAACCCACUCUCCCCACUGAAGAAACCACCACCUCCGUUGAAAAGACUACCAUCUCCACAGAAAAACCCACCAUCCCCACAGAAAAACUCACCAUCCCCACGGAAAAACCUACCAUCUCCACAGAAAAACCCACCAUCCCCACAGAAAAACUCACCAUCCCCAUGGAAAAACCCACCACCCCCACGGAAAAACCCACCAUCUCCACGGAAAAACCCACCAUCUCCACAGAAAAACCCACCAUCCCCACGGAAAAACCCACCAUCUCCAUUGAAGAGACUACUAUCUCCACAGAAAAACUCACCAUCCCCACAGAAAAACCCACCAUUCCCACAGAGAGGCUCACAGCCCUGAGGCCACCCUAUCCCAGCCCCACAGCCACUGGGCUGGCAGCCUUGGUGACGUCUCCACAUGCUCCAAGUGCCCCUAUGACCAGUGUGAUCCUGGGCACUACCACAACCCCCAGAUCCAGUACAGAGCGUUGCUCCCCAAAUGCCCGCUAUGAAUCUUGUGCUUGUCCUGCUUCGUGCAAGAGCCCCAGGCCUAGCUGUGGGCCCCUCUGUCGGGGGGGCUGUGUCUGCAACCCUGGCUUUUUGUUUAGUGACAACCACUGCAUCCAGGCCUCUUCCUGCAAUUGCUGCUACAACAACAACUACUAUGAGCCUGGGGCAGAAUGGUUCAGCCCCAACUGCACAGAACAUUGCCGCUGCUGGCCAGGCAGUCGGGUCGAGUGCCAGAUCUCUCAGUGCGGGACACACACCGUGUGCCAGCUUAAAAAUGGCCAGUACGGAUGCCACCCCUACGCAGGCACUGCCACCUGCGUGGUCUACGGAGACCCUCAUUAUGUCACCUUUGACGGGAGGCACUUUGGCUUCAUGGGCAAGUGCACUUACAUCUUGGCUCAGCCCUGUGGCAACUCAACAGACCCAUUCUUCAGAGUGACAGCCAAGAACGAGGAGCAGGGACAGGAGGGCGUGUCCUGCCUGAGCAAAGUCUACGUGACCCUGCCCGUGACCACCGUCACCUUGCUUAAGGGCAGACGCACUCUGGUUGAGGGUCAACGAGUUACUCUCCCAGCCAUACCCUCUAAAGGCGUCUUCCUGGGUGCAAGCGGGCGAUUCGUGGAGCUGCAGACGGAGUUCGGUUUGCGGGUGAGAUGGGAUGGUGACCAGCAGCUGUAUGUUACUGUGUCCAGCACCUACUCUGGCAAACUCUGUGGUUUGUGUGGGAACUAUGAUGGCAACAGUGACAACGACCACCUGAAGUCGGACGGCAGCCCAGCAGGAGACAAGGAGGAGCUAGGGAACAGCUGGCAGACGGACCAGGACGAGGACCAGGAGUGUCAGAAGUACCAGGUGGUGAAUCCCCCGUCUUGUGAUUCAUCUCUGCAGAGCAGCAUGUCGGGGCCAGGGUUCUGUGGACGGCUGGUCAACACUCAUGGCCCAUUUGAGACAUGCCUGCUGCACGUGAAGGCCACUUCCUUCUUCGACAGCUGCAUGCUUGAUAUGUGCAGAUUCCAGGGGCUGCAGCACCUGCUGUGCACACACAUGUCCACCAUGACCACCACCUGCCAGGACGCAGGCCACGCCGUGAAGCCCUGGAGGGAACCCCACUUCUGCCCAAUGGCCUGCCCGCCCAACAGCAAGUACUCCCUGUGUGCGAAGCCAUGCCCUGACACCUGCCAUUCAGGAUUCUCUGGCAUGUUCUGCUCAGACUGGUGCAUGGAGGCCUGUGAAUGCAAUCCGGGCUUCGUCCUCAGUGGCCUCGAGUGCAUACCUCACUCCCAGUGUGGGUGCCUCCACCCUGCAGGCAGCUACUUCAAGGUAGGGGAGCGGUGGUACAAGCCAGGCUGCAAAGAGCUGUGCGUCUGUGAAAGCAACAACAGAAUUCGCUGCCAGCCCUGGAGGUGUAGGGCCCAGGAGUUCUGUGGCCAACAGGAUGGUAUCUAUGGCUGCCAUGCCCAAGGUGCCGCCACCUGCACGGCCUCGGGCGACCCCCACUACCUGACUUUCGAUGGCGCCUUACACCACUUCAUGGGCACCUGCACCUAUGUCCUGACCCGGCCUUGCUGGUCCAGGUCCCAAGGCAGCUAUUUUGUUGUGAGCGCCACCAACGAGAACCGCGGGGGGAACCUGGAGGUCUCCUACAUCAAAGCCGUCCACGUGACGGUCUUUGACUUCAGCAUCUCACUGCUCAGAGGCUGUAAGGUCAUGCUGAAUGGCCAUCGGGUGGCCCUACCUGUGUGGCCUGCACAAGGCCGGGUGACCAUAAGGCUCAGCAGCAACUUCGUCCUCCUCUACACGAACUUUGGGCUCCAAGUUCGCUACGAUGGGAGCCACUUGGUAGAAGUGACAGUCCCCUCCUCCUAUGGCAGCCAGCUCUGUGGGCUGUGCGGGAACUACAACAACAACAGCUUGGAUGACAACCUGCGCCCUGACAGAAAGCCUGCAGGCGACUCCGUGCAGCUGGGGGCCGCCUGGAAGUUACCUGAAUCCUCUGAACCUGGCUGUUUCCUUGUGGGUGGCAAGCCCUCCAGCUGCCAGGAGAACAGCAUGGCAGAUGCCUGGAACAAGAACUGUGCGAUCUUAAUAAACCCUCAGGGACCCUUCUCUCAAUGUCACCAGGUGGUGCCCCCCCAGUCCAGCUUUGCCAGUUGCGUGCAUGGCCAGUGUGGGACCAAGGGCGACACCACGGCCCUGUGCUGCUCCCUGCAUGCCUACGCGUCCCUGUGUGCCCAGGCUGGCCAGGCUCCUGCCUGGCGGAACAGAACCUUCUGCUCUAUGAGGUGCCCACCUGGCAGCAGCUACAGCCCCUGCGGCAGCCCCUGCCCUGCCACCUGCAGCAGCAUAAACGACCCGAGGGACUGCCCCAAAGCACUGCCCUGUGCUGAGAGCUGCGAAUGUCAGAAAGGCCACAUCUUGAGUGGAACCUCCUGCGUGCCCCUUGGCCAAUGUGGCUGCACUGACCUAGCGGGCUCCUACCACCCGGUUGGGGAGCGCUGGUACACAGAGAACACCUGUACCAGGCUCUGCACCUGCUCCGUCCACAACAACAUCACCUGCUUCCAGAGCACCUGCAAACCCAACCAGAUGUGUUGGGCCCUGGAUGGGCUGCUCCGUUGUCGGGCCUCAGGUAUGGGAGUGUGUCAGCUCCCAGGGGAGUCUCACUACGUGAGCUUUGAUGGUAGUAACCAUUCUAUCCCGGAUGCCUGCACUCAUGUCCUGGUGAAAGUGUGCCACCCCGCCAUGGCCUUGCCCUUCUUCAAGAUCAGUGCCAAGCAUGAGAAGGAGGAAGGUGGAACUGAGGCUUUCCGCCUUCACGAGGUCUACAUUGACAUCUGCGAUGCCCAGGUCACCCUGCAGAAGGGCCACCGUGUGCUGAUCAACAGCAAACAGGUCACCCUCCCCGCGAUCUCCCAGGUCCCUGGGGUCAGUGUCAAGUCCAGCAGCAUCUACACCAUUGUUAACAUCAAGAUCGGGGUGCAAGUCAAGUUUGACGGGAAUCGUCUCUUAGAGAUUGAAAUCCCCACAACCUACAAUGGAAAGGUCUGCGGUGUGUGUGGGAACUUCAAUGAUGAGGAAGAGGACGAACUAAUGAUGCCCAGCGAUGAACUAGCGCAUAGUGACAGUGAAUUUGUGAACAGUUGGAAAGAUAAGGACAUUGACCCAAGUUGUCAGAGUCUCCCGGUAGAUGAGCAGCAGAUUCUAGCGGAACAGCAGGAGAACCCGAGUGGAAACUGUAGGGCGGCCGACCUCUGCAGGGCGCGGGAAAAAUGCGAGACAGUGCUCCGGGCUCCGGUGUGGGCCCAGUGCGCCUCCCGCAUAGACCUCACGCCCUUCCUGGUGGACUGUGCAAACACCCUCUGUGAGUUCGGAGGUCUCCACCAGGCCUUCUGCCAGGCUCUGCAAGCCUUUGGGGCCACCUGCCAGAGCCAGGGGCUCAAGCCCCCGCUCUGGAGAAACAGCAGCUUCUGCCCUCUGGAAUGCCCUGCCUACAGCAGCUACACCAACUGCCUUCCCUCCUGCUCACCCUCCUGCUGGGACCUGGAUGGCCGGUGUGAGGGCGCCAAAGUCCCCUCUGCCUGCGCUGAGGGCUGCAUUUGUCAGCCCGGCUAUGUGCUGAGUGAAGACAAGUGUGUCCCCAGAAGUCAGUGUGGCUGCAAGGAUGCCCACGGUGGCUCCAUCCCUCUGGGCAAGAGCUGGGUCUCCAGUGGUUGCACAGAGAACUGUGUCUGCACAGGAGGAGCCAUUCAGUGUGGGGACUUCCGAUGCCCCUCUGGGUCCCACUGCCAGCUCAGUUCCGACAACAGCAAAAGCAAUUGUGUCUCAGACAAGUCUGAACAAUGCUUAGUCUAUGGGGACCCCCGUUACCUCACAUUUGAUGGCUUCAGCUACCGCUUCCAAGGCCGCAUGACUUACGUUCUGAUCAAGACUGUGGAUGUACUGCCUGAGGGGGUGGAGCCCCUCCUCGUGGAAGGACGCAACAAGAUGGAUCCUCCCAGGAGCUCCAUCUUGCAGGAAGUGAUUACCACCGUCUAUGGCUAUAAAGUGCAGCUCCAAGCUGGUCUGGAGCUUGUGGUCAACAACCAGAAGAUGGCCGUCCCCUACAGGCCGAAUGAGCACCUGCGGGUCACCCUGCGGGGCCAACGGCUCUACCUGGUCACCGACUUUGAGCUGGUCGUCAGCUUCGGUGGAAGGAAAAAUGCAGUGAUCUCCCUACCCAGCAUGUUUGAGGGGCUCGUGCGUGGCCUGUGCGGAAACUACGACAAGAACCGCAAGAAUGACAUGAUGCUGCCCAGUGGCGCCCUGACCCAGAACCUCAACACCUUUGGCAACAGCUGGGAGGUGAAGACCGAGGACGCGCUCCUCCUCUUCCCCAGGGCUAUACCAGCGGAGGAGGAGGGACAAGGGGCAGAGCUGGGCCUCCGCGCGGGCCUCCACGUGUCCGAAUGUAGCCCAGAGCAGCUGGCGAGCAACAGCACCCAAGCCUGUAGGGCGCUGGCAGACCCCCAGGGCCCCUUUGCUGCCUGUCACCAGACGGUGGCCCCAGAGCCCUUCCAGGAGCACUGCAUGAUGGACCUGUGCUCUGCUCAGGACCCAAGAGAACAAGAGGAGCUGCGUUGCCAGGUCCUCAGCGGCCAUGGAGUGUCCAGCAGGUACCAUGUAUCAGAUCUGUAUGACACCCUGCCCAGCGUCCUGUGCCAACCUGGCGGACCCCGGGGACUGCGAGGGCCCCUGUGUGGAAGGCUGCGCCAGCAUCCCAGGCUAUGCCUACAGCGGCACCCAGAGCCUCCCCCUGGCUGUGGCUGCACCAGCAAUGGCAUCUACUACCAGCUGGGCGGCAGCUUUGUGACUGAGGACUGCUCUCAGCGGUGCACCUGCGCCAGCUCACGGAUCCUGCUGUGCGAGCCCUUCAGCUGCAGAGAGAGGGAGGUCUGCACCGUGGAGAACCACACCCGAGGCUGCUUUCCAGAAAGCCUGUGUCUGCGGAACCCCUGUCAGAAUGACGGGCAGUGUCGGGAGCAGGGAGCCACCUUCACCUGUGAGUGUGAACUUGGUUAUGGGGGAGACCUCUGUAUGGAGCCUCGAGAUGUGCCACCUCCCAGAAAGCCAGAGGCAUCUAACCUGGUGGCCGUCCUACUGGGACUGCUGGUGCCUGUGGUGGUAGUAGUACUGGCCAUGACCAGAGAGUACAUUUAUAGAACGAGGAGGAAGAGAGAGAAAACACAGAGCCAGGAGGGAGACAGACUGGCCAGGCUGGUGGACACAGAUACUGUUCUGGACUGUGCCUGUUAA